AUUUUUGAUCCCAUGGCUAUUAAAACAUAAAACACUGCAAUCUAUGAAAUCAGGCUGUCAUGCAGGGCUCCUGGCUUCAAAAUUGUAAUUUUUACUAUUCCACUAUUAUUCAUUACUAUUUCCACCAGAUGGCGCCCGUUGCCCAUGUUUGGCCUAUAGGGGAAAUGCAUUUCCUGAUUUCCUGUAGGGGAGUUGAUCCUCUAUAAUGGAACAAAUACCGAAUAUGUUUGAAACUGAAAUGAUGUGUGUGUAAUGAUAUGGAUGUCGGAGAGUGGUGUGUGUAAAAAAAAAUUGUGUGCAUGUGCGUGUGCAUUUACCAGCUAUGGCAGUAUCCAGAGAUAUAAAUUAUAUGAUGCAAAAGUUAAAAUGCAUGCGUCAUAUCUCUCUCCCUCUCUCACAUUUAUGUACACACCAUAACCCCAUCCACCUACUCAUACACACAUGCACGUGCACCCUGAGGCCUUCAAACUCAAUGGGGGCUAUAUAGCAUGAUCCUAUAAGCCAGGAGGAGGUGGUUCACAUGUUAUUAUUUUUCAUUCGCUCUGUUUCAUUUCUCUUUGGCGUAAAAUGUGAGCUUGACUUUGAUGUAUAAGUUCAAUGCCCCUCUGUAAUUUCUCCUUAUGAUAUGCACACCACACGCACCUCCACAGAGGCCCAUAGCCAUGCACUCACAUGCACUCCGAAGUAAUAAAAACAUGAGAAAUCUUGCAGCGCUUCAAAGAUGCCCCUGCAAGGAAAACGAAAACAAACUCCAGCUUUAUUUUUGAGACCCUCAGAGAAUUUAUACUGGUGCUGUCGCAGCCAAAUCUAUAAAUAUAUGUAGCUUGGAGGGAACUAGUCAUUUCAUAUCUGACAAGAUGGAGAAACAGCAUUUCACAAUGGAAGAAGCUAUGGAUGUCAUUAUGCGCUCUGACAGCGAGCAGGAGGAAGAAUCCAGAACUCAGGAUGAGGACACAGACUCAGAGGAUGCAGAAUACCAACCGGAGUCUUCCGCUGAUUCGUCAGAUGUCUCCUCUGAGAGUGGGAGGACACGGAGGAGACAAUGGCGGAAUGGCAGGCAAAGUCUGGUCUCCCACACACGCGCUACAUUUCAGCACCCACUGGUGUGAUCCCUGGACCCACAAGCUACACCACCGCCCGGAUUAGCACCCUGAGGUCCAGCUUUGAUCUCUUUCUGACUGACAAAAUCAUCCAGCUUUUGGUGGACAUGACUUACAGCGGAGACGUUCCAUGGAGGAGUGGAGAGAGGUCGAUGCCACAGAAAUACAGGCGUACAUGGGGCUGCUUCUUCUGGCCAGUGUGUACCGGUCAAGAAAUUAAUCAUCACGGACCAUAUUCCGAGCCACCAUGUCCCAUAGUCAGUUCAAUCAACUCACACGUGAGAUUUGAUGACAGGCUGACACGACCUGCUCAUCACAGAGAGGACAAGCUGGCUGCCUUCUGCACAAUUUGGGAGAAGUGGACACAUCGCCUCUCCUUACUUUUCAACCUGGGCCGGGACAUCUGCGUGGAUGAACAGCUGGUACCAUUCAAAGGCUGCUGUGUGUUCCGGCAGUACAUGCCAAACAAACCGGCUAAAUAUGGCAUAAAAAUUUGGGUCACCUGUGACAUUGGAACAUCCUAUGCCUGGAGGAUGCAAAUUUACACCGGGAAACCGUCUGGUGCUGCCGUGGUGGUGAACCACAGCAAGCGGGUUGUCCUGGACAUGAAGGAGGGGCUCCAGGGGAACACAGUCACUUGUGACAAUUUUUUUACCACUUACUCACUUGCUGAGGAGCUGCUGAAGAGGAAGAUGGCCCUGGUUAGAACGAUCCGCAAAACUAAGCCGGAGCUUCCCCCACAGCUGCUUAAAACCAGACGGAGAGCGAUCUUCUCCUCCCUCUUCGCGUUCACAAAAACGCACACAGCGUUGUCGUACAUCCCGAGACGGGGGGAAGAAUGUGCUGUUGCUCAGCGUAAGGCACCGUAAGCUGGUGGUGAGUGAUGGGGAAAAAAAGAAACCCCAAAUCAUCGUGGACUACAAUUGCUGAAAGGGAGGUGUUGACAACCUGGGAAAGCCGUGGAGCCGUCCUGGGACCAGGCCAAAACCUUCAGAAGGAGACUUUUCAUGGAGGAGCUGGGGAGGAUGCUCAUAACCCCACAAAUGGCAAGAAGAGCACGCUUCCCACGCAUACCAGCUGCUGCAGCCAUGGUGGCGGCUGAAAAGCAGCCAAACCCGCAGCCAGAGCAAGACACCACUGCCAAAAGGAGGAGGCUGUGCGAGUUUUGCAGAGAGAAAAAGAAAGAAAAAUUGCCACCACCUGCUGCAAACAGUACAUUUGCACGGGGCACACUUCAGCCAUUUGCAGCUCCUGCUUUACCUGAACUGAUCUCUCUCUCCCUCUAUCUUUCUCUCUCUCUCUCACACACACACUCACGCACACAAUGUCUCUCUCUCUC